CUCGGUGUUUUUGCAGUCUCGUUCUGAAACCUAUUAGCGCUAAUUAAUUAAAAUGCCAGCAAUAAAACUGAAGAAGGUGACAGCUGAGUAUUUAGCAGAGAAAGAAAAGAAAGAGGCUGAACUGCAAUCUAAAGAGAAAGCAAAGAAGAGCUUGGAAGAUGUAGCAUCUGAAGAGUCAGGGGAGGCAAGUGGGGACGGAGACGAAACUGAAAAGAAGGGAAAAAACUUCCUGGAUGUGGAAAUUCUGUUCGAUAAGAGGAAAAGAACACUCCCAAAAGCUGAACAAAAUCUUAUUGAAUGGCUGGAUACCAAUUUGGAGAAGAAGGAGGGUGUAUAUCUGCCUCUGAUGACCCUAUACACAUACUACUCUGAACUCGGCCAGAUGACAGGCAACAGUGUGGUCGACACACCCGUCUUUCAAAGGUAUCUGAGGGAAAAGUUUGGUAAAUUCUUUGGUUUCCAAGACAGCUCGCCAUACAAAGUGUUGAUCAAAGAGAGAAAAGAGAAGAAAAAGAAGGUCGAAGGUGAAACAGCUCAGAUUAAGAUUAGAGAAGUCAUCAAACAGGCCCUUGAAGACUUGGGAAACUUUAGAAAUGGCCACUCGUUCAAGAACAUAAGCAGGGCCAUAAUGCAGAAGUUUCCAGCUCAGAGGGUGGAUAUCUAUCCCAAACGCCUGAAAAGUGCUUUAGAGCGAGGCCUUUCUUAUGGACAUCUUGAGCUAAUGCGAGGAGUAGGCAUGUGUGGGUACUAUCGGUUACCAGGGGAACCAACAAAGGAAGAACCAGAGAAAAAGCCAAAGAAAAAACCAGAAGAGGAGAAAAAAGAUGGUGAAGAUAAGAAAGAUGCUGAGAAUGGGGAGGGAGAGUCGAGCAGUGGCGGGGAGGAGAAAAAGGAUGAGGGGGAGGAUGGAGAGGCGAAGGAAGGGGACAAGGAUGAAGAGAAAGACGAAGGGGAGAAGGCCACGGGAGAACAGGAAGAGAAACCUAAAAAGAAGAGGAAGAAACCAAAAAAAAAACCUGUAGAGGCCUGGGUACGAUCAGAACUAGAGAGACACAGCAACCCACAAAAGGUUGAAGACGUCAUCCCGUUAGCCAUCACAUACCAGAGUGACCCAAAGCAGGCAUCAAUGACCAAGAUUAAGGCGUACAUCCGCAAGUUUUACCACACAGAGGUGGCACCAGAGAAGCUGAAGCGCGUACUUGACGAGGGUGUGGCGAGUGAGACGUGGGAGAAUGUUGGGGGGAGCACCUACCAUCUCCUGGUUGAUACAUUCACACCCAGUCGCAGUGGAAAGUUAGCUGACCAAAUAGCCCAAGCCAUUGUUGCCUGUAGUGAGCCCAAGAUAGCGUCGGCUGUGAUCAUCAAGAAAUACAUCAGCGAGUACCACCCCAAGUUCGACAUUGAUAACAAGGUCCACCUGUUCAAGCACGCUAUAGAGAGAGCCUGUAGCAAGGGGAAAAUCAGGCAGUUGAGUGGCAUUGGAUCAACUGGGUCGUUCCAGCUGGUUGACCAGUUUUAUCCAUCACCCGCCAUCUUGGCCGGGUACACGUCGGAUUCUGAGGACGAAUCUGCCGCUGAUGAUGAGGCAGAGGAAGUGCAGGAGUACGUCCCUCGACCAACCAAAAAGGGACGCCUAGCUAUAAAGGACAAAUAUGUCCCUGCGCCAGUUAGCAAGCGGCCCGCCCCUGGGGCUAGGGGAAGGUCCAGGGAAAGCAAGUCGAAGGCCAAGAAGUAUGUUGAUGUUGACAGUUCAGAUGAGGAAAUGGCCACAUACACACCACAACCAUCGAGGAGCAGGGGAAAAUCUACCGGCUCUGCUAAAGCUAAACCGGCCCCAGCUAGCAAAACAGCUGCAAAAAGUACACCAAAGAAAUCAAAGGCAAAACCAUCUCCACCCAAAAAGGCACUUCCAUCAACAGACCGCAAGACAAGAGAUAGGGUCAACUACCGAGACGAAGAUUCCGACUUAGAGAACCUUGAUGACUACACUCCACGCCCGAGCAAGUCGAGGGGAGAUGAUAAGACUGUGGUUAAGCCUGCUCCAGCUAAGCCGAAGGGAAGACAGGCAGCCAAGAGGCUUCAGAUCGAGAUCUCAGAGGAUGAGUUCAGUGAAGAAGAGCAGGAGGUCACGCCUUCUCCACCUAAGAAGGCAAAGACAGAAGCAAAAACACCAACACCCAAGAAAGGGCAGAAAAAGGCCGCAGGCUCAGCAAAGAAAGGGAAACGUAAGCGAUAAGAAAAUCUGUAAUUGCUUCUAUAGCUUUCAUAUUUGGCGCGAAAUCUCAAAUCAUUAGAAACAGUUGCCAUAUCUGUUUGGGCUUUGUAUUUUGCUGCAACACUUUGUAAAUCAUAUACUUCCUUUUCAAUCUGGGUUUUUUGUGGGGUGGGGCUAAUUUUUGUGCCCAUUUAACUAUACUUAAAACAUUAAUGAUAAACAAAAGUUUGGGGGGAGGGGGCUUAUUUUUGUGCUGAUUUGAAUUGAACUUGUAACAUUAAUUAUAAACAUAUGUUUUACCUAAAACCAAUUUCUUUAUACAGUUGCAAUAUGGUGUCUGUCAGAGACUUAUCAUUUAGAUUAGAUAUAAGUUUUAUUUUAAUACUGUGUUCAGGUAAAAAUGUGUGUUCAGAAAAUAAACACAGCACUCUACCAUUCAUUUUGUUUUCAUCCUUGUAUAAAUGUUUUCAACAUUUUCAUACUUUAAAGAAAGAUGCCUGUUUCAGUAAGACAUAAGAAAUUAGAGAGGGUUGUGAAACAUGACUAUACAUGUCAAAAUUGUAGUUGGAUUUUAAAAUUUGUUUAAGAAAUUUCACUUAAAACCUACACAAGUAGGCUCCCUGAUAUGUGCGUAAAACACAUUCCUCAUGCAAUCAUUCAUUUCAUUCUAAAGGUUUAAGAUAUACACAUUCCUGGACAGAGGAAUGAAUGAAAAAUAGUCCAUGCAUACAAGUACCUAUACAACCCACAUGUUGAUUACCCAUACAGCCUACAUGUAAAGGUACCCAUAUAGUUCACAUGUAUAAGUAACCAUACAGCCCACACAUACAAGUACCCAUACAUACCAUGUGUACAAGUACCCAUAUACCGGUAGUUCACAUGUACAAGUAACCAUACAGCCCACACAUACAAGUACCCAUACAUACCAUGUGUACAAGUACCCAUAUACCGGUAGUUCACAUGUACAAGUACCCAUAUACCGGUAGUUCACAUGUACAAGUACCCAUAUACCGGUAGUUCACAUGUACAAAUACCCAUACAACCCACACAUACAAGUAUCAAUGUAGUCCAGAUGUACCUUUACCCAUACAGCCUACAUGUACAAGAACCCAUACAGCCCAGAUGUACAAAUACCCAUACAGGCCUCACAAACAAAUACCCAUACAAACUACACAUAAAAGUAUCAAUGUAGUCCAGAUGUACCUUACAGCCUACAUGUACAAGAACCCAUACAGCCCAGAUGUACAAAUACCCAUACAGGCCUCACAAACAAGAACCCAUACAGCCCCCAUGUAUGUGUACCCAUACAGCCCACAUGCACAAGUACUCAUACAGCCCAUACAUACAAAUACUCAUACAGCCUACACAUAAAAGAAUUGAUGCAGUCCACAUAUACGAUUUCCCAUACAGCCCAAAAUGUAUGCAAACCCAUACAGCCAAAAAUGUACAAGUACCCACACAGCCCACAAGUAUGUGUAUCCACACAGCCCACUUUUAUGUGUACCCAUACAGGCCACUUGUAUGUGUUCCCACACAGCCCACAUGUAUGUGUACCCAUACAGCCCAUAUGUAUGUGUACCCGUACAGCCCAUAUGUAUGUGUACCCGUACAGCCCAUAUGUAUGUGUACUCACACAGCCCACAUGUAUGUGUACCUAUACAGCCCACAUGUAUGUGAACCUAUACAGCCCACAUGUAUGUGUACCCUCACACCCCAUAUGUAUGUGUACCCACACAGCCCACUUGUAUGUGUACCCACACAGCCCACUUGUUUGUGUACUUACACAGCCCACUUGUUUGUGUACCCACACAGCCCACAUGUAUGUGUACCCACACAGGCCACAUGUAUGUGUACCCACACAGCCCACAUGUAUGUGUACCCACACAGGCCACAUGUAUGUGUACCCACACAGCCCACAUGUAUGUGUACCCACACAGCCCACUUGUUUGUGUACCCAAACAGCCCACUUGUUUGUGUACUUACACAGCCCACUUGUUUGUGUACCCACACAGCCCACAUGUAUGUGUACCCACACAGCCCACAUGUAUGUGAACCUAUACAGCCCAUAUGUAUGUGUACCCACACAGGCCACAUGUAUGUGUACCCACACAGCCCACUUGUAUGUGAACCUAUACAGCCCACAUGUAUGUGUACCCACACAGGCCACAUGUAUGUGUACCCACACAGCCCACUUGUUUGUGUACUUACACAGCCCACUUGUUUGUGUACCCUCACACCCCAUAUGUAUGUGUACCCACACAGGCCACAUGUAUGUGUACCCACACAGCCCACUUGUAUGUGUAACCGAUCAAGUUUUGUUUCACAACCUCUCUAGUAUUUUAAAUCUAAGAAGAACUAGAGUAUAUUUGUAUGUUGUAUGGAGUGUUGUAAGGAGUAUUGUAUAAAACAUGUUGAUGUUAAGAUUAUUAAAGAAAAAUUCUUUUUAAUCUCUCUGUUUUGAAAUGUUAUCAAACUUAUGUAACAAAGUGUAAAUCAUUUGAUAUUAUUUUUAUUUUAUUUUUUUGUUAUGAUUAAAACCUUUUCAAACCACAUAACAUAAAAGCUUAAGUAAAAAUAAGUAUAAAAUUGAUAUUUUCUUAACAAUCGGGCUAGAUACAUUUUAUGGUGUGUUCAUUUGUUUUAGCCACCAGUUAGUCAGGUCGUCAAGGCUCCAGAUAGGCAGCAUUAUCAUGUACAUUUUAACCCUGGCUGGCCAUUGGUAGUUCUAUUUUCAUUACAGUCCUCAUUUUUCAUUCAAUUUUUGUGCAUUUGUUAAUGUCUUAUUACCCAUGUACAUACAAAUUGGUAUGCUCUUUGCUAAACAUGUAGUGCAGUGGUAAAAAAGUGUAGUUAUAAGUUUGUAUAUUUCUCAUAAGAAAAUGGUACAUAUUGUGCUUUUUGAAUGUUUCCAUAAUGCUUUAGGAAUUUUUACUUUUUAUGAUGACAUGGAAUAGUCUCACUGUGAAGUUUUGUUAAGUGUUGUUCAUUUUAGGACAUUGGUUAUAAUAUUUUUUCAUUUAUCUUGAUUUUAUGGUUUUGUUACCGCAAUAGAGGCAAGGCACUGGUGAAUUUGAGCUUAUUAUAAGCUGGUAGUCAUAAUCGUAAACAACAGGACUUCCAGCUAAGUUAAUUCAGGCAAAGUACUAGUAAUGAGUCUUAUCAAAAAAAUGAUGAGUAGACAAGAUUUAUAAAAAAAAUUUGUUUAAUAAUGCCAGUACAAUGUUGGGCUUUUUUUACAAGAACUAAGGAUUGUCAGUCUAGUGCCAGCCUCUGCGAUUUUUGUCACUGAAAGUGACUGCAUUUCUUAUUGUUUAUAAUUAAGAUCAUAUAUUUUUGUUUUUAGUUUAGUUUGUAUAACAAGCCAUUACUGAUUGAAAUUGUUUUCGAAAUUUUAGACCACAAUGUCUUUUAACAUGUCUAUGUAUACUUGAAUAAAUAUUUAGUGUAUCAAUAA